AUGCCUCCGAAGGGUCGCUCGACUAAGGCGGCCGUGGAUGUUACUCUCCCUGACGACAUCAUGCCGGAUCAGAACUUCACGCCAACACCUGUGGACGAAGAGGCUGUUGGGAAGGAUUCGGCACACACGGUGAACUCGUCCAAGGAUAAGGCUGUCGCGGUUGAGCCGGCAUCAGUGUCUGCUGCUGGUGCUGCGGGAAGCUCGGGACUGACAGUGGAGGAAAAGAGUCAGUUGCAUCAGUCCGUGGUUGCCGACGAGGAAGAGUUUCUGGAAGACGACUCGGAAGAAGAGUUAGACAUUGAUAUCGCAAAGGAAGAUGCUUUCCGCCUCCGCUUUACCGUUAUCUUACUCAUUCCGAUGGUGCUGUCACAGGAGAUCAAAGCUAUCAUCUCAGCCGUCCGUCUUCUGAUGUCUAAGGUGUGGUGCUCCUCCCUUACCGCGAAUGCUGGAAUCACGGCCAACAUUCAGGAGAUGACUCCUGGUUACGUGGCGAAGACGCGCUUCUGCCGGCUGCAAAUUUCCUUCCUGGACGAGAGGGAUGCUCACCAUAUCAAGUCACAUGUCUUCGAGUACCAGAAGGCGCACGGUCCGGCAAUCUGGCAGCACACGGAAGAUUCCUCGUACCUUAAGGAGAAAGCUGCUCACCCUCUUGCUAUUGAAGUGCUUUUUCGUCGCGUACCUGCUAACAUUGUCCCUGAGGUGCUGAAGGAUCUGCUCGUCCGCUUCAAGCUAAAGAUGCGGAAGCAGUCUGCCUUCAAAGAGGGUUUUGCUUUCCACCGCGUGGCUCAUCCUCUUACCGGUGCGGAUACUGAUGUGAUCAAGGGCCUGGCACUGACGUCCCCGUUUGCUCUCGCAGCCUCAUCCCUGAGCACCUCCGCUCUGAUCACCCCCAUCUUGAAAGAUCCUGCGAUUGCACUUAUCUCAACCGGCAGCAACCGCGAGGAGUGGAUCUGUACGCAAUUGUGCUGUGGAAAGGCGAAAGGAAAAUCCUUCAUGGCUGCUGCAGACCACAUCGUCUCAGCGACUCACCUGCUGAACUUGGAGAAGCUGGGCACAGCAACAAAGGUCUCACUGGACAAGGCGGUCCUUGCCAGCCUGAAGAAAGACUAUGGAGCCACCACUCACCUGGGUCCCGGGAUCUGGAGGCUGCACGCAGCAGCAAUCGGAAGGCCAGGAGUGCGGAAGGCGGUGGAAGCCGCUCUUACCAAGGCGGCGGAGAACGGAGUAGAGGACUUUCAGCUGCUGUUGGGUAGGCUGAACGCGGGUCUGCGCUCAUACAUGAAAGAGGAGGGGAAGAGGAUUAAGAGAACUAUUGCUCAUCUGGUAGAUGUAGUUGCGGAGCUGAGGCAGGAGCAGAUGCGGAGUCCAGGCUGUCAGCGGACGAGAGAUCUUCUGCUGGUCAGAGAAACGCAACUGCACGAAUAUCAUGCGGCCAAGCGGGACAGGUUGCACCUGAUGGCAGGCACGAACACGGAGCUUGCAGGGGAGGUUCCGUCUCCCUUCCUGUCGGCACGGGUGAAGGUCAGAAAGCAGCGCACGCAAAUCGCGGAGUUAAUGGUGGGUGGGACGACAGUUUCAGACGCUCAGGGAAUUCUGAAAGCAGCCACUCAGUACUACACCGACCUGUUUGGAGCAGACGGCAGGACUUCGUCGGAGCGGUGGAAGCCACUUCCGGGGAAAAGGCUGAAUGCGGAGGCGGCGGAGAUGUUGGAAGCAGAUUGGACGGAGCAGGAAGUGAAACAGGCCUUCAAGGCGCUGGCUAACAAUAAGUCGCCGGGGAAGGACGGCCUUCCGAAAGAACUUUUCGAACGGAACUGGGACAUCUUGGGUGGGGAAUUCCUUAGAAUGGCGCAGAACUUCUCUGACACGGCUUCAAUUCCUGCCAGCAUUAAGGAAGCAGUCACCAUUUUGCUUCAUAAAAAGGGAGACAAGGACAAGCUGGACAAUUACAGACCAAUCACUCUACUUAACUUCACUUACAAAGUUCUGGCGCGUGUGGUGGCGAACAGGAUGAGGCCCUUGCUUCACCGAGUAAUCUCCGAGGAACAGUAUGGGUUCAUACCCGGGAGGAGAAUCUCGGACGCGAUCGGUGUGGUAGCCGACGUGAUUGAGGCGGCAAAGAAGGGUGACGAGGACUGGUACUUGCUGUUGGUUGACUUCCGCAAAGCGUUUGACUCCGUCUCAAGAAGCUUCAUCUUCACGGUCCUCAGGGAGAUGGGUUUCCCGGAGAGGUUCGUCGGCUGGGUGGAGGGCCUGCACAGGGAGACAAAGACAAGACUUUUAGUUAACGGCUGGCUGGGCGAAGCGGUAGAUGUGAAGUCAGGAGUCAGGCAAGGGUGUCCACUCGCCCCUUACCUCUUCCUGUGCGCGGUGGAACCCCUUGCGCAAGAAGCUUGCCGUCGCAAACUCGGACUCUGCAACAAGGCAGGGCAGCGGCUGGUAUACCUGGGUUAUGCGGAUGACACGACACUCUUCCUGGAGGGGAAGCGACAGAUUGCCAGGGCUGAAAAACUCUUGGACUACUUCGCGCAACUGUCGGGUUUGGCGACAAACAGAGACAAGUCAGUGGUCAUGCCGCUCGGUCACAACCUUGGGCGGAGACCUGGGACGCUGGGAGGUUUUAAGUGGGCAAAGGCGGACGAAGCGGAGCGGUUACUCGGGGUGUGGGUCACUCCCUCUGGAAGCAGUGCGCCAACCUGGCAGAGAGCCUUCGAAAAAAUCACAGUUGAGCUGAUAAAAUGGAAGGCGCUCUUCCUCACGAUCGCGGCCAGAGUGGUGAUCAUAAAUUGCUACAUCACGCCGAGAAUCGCUUACCAGGCGCAGGUGUAUCCCCCACCUGAGAACGUCUGGAAGCAGCUCUUGAAGCUGAUGCACAACUUUCUGUCAGGGAAUAACGCAUUGGCGGAUGGGAGCUAUUUCCUUUGGAGCUGGGAUCUUCUUUCCACCCCCAGAGUGGACGGCGGCCUUGGGGUGCUGGAUCCGGAUAUCCUACUCGCUUGUUUGGUUGCCAGGAGGAUCGGCGGCGUAGCAGCGGUUAAGGACAUGGAAAUCCUGGAGAGGGAGCUGAGAGGGAAAGAGUCAGCACGCUUGGCUCUCAAGGCGUUGGCAGCUGCUCCACCAGAUUGGAAGAACCUCUUGGUACCUGGCUCGGCACAGGGGGCUGGGGGAGUUUCUGGAGCUGUUUCACCCAGAGGGGAGGGAAGCGCAGUUACCUCGAUCUUCAGGUCAGCCAUAUUUGUGGACGGGCAGCUCGCCCCUCUGAAGCGGUUGAGGGAGGCAUGGGCCAAGCCUACCGCAAUCCUGACGAAACAAGAGAAGUGGGCUGGUCGCUGGAGUGGAAAGAUUGACUGGCAGCGGGUUAUUCGUACACGUAACUCGCUCGCUAUCCCGAGCCGGCCACGUGACGUCCUCACGCGGGUGCAUAACCUGAACCUACAGGUUGGGGAGAGGGUGGAUUUUUUGAGCUGCAAGCCGAAGUGCCCAUACUGCGGGGAGGAGGAGACGCAUGAACACUGCCUGUUCACCUGCCCUAGAAUUCAACCAGUGGUCUCAGGGCUACGUCGUGCCCUCCGCAUGCUCAACCCUUCACGGUCUCCGAGCUCGUUGGGAGACCUGCUGUUCAUGGAAUCUGGAACAGUGACUGACUUUCCAGAAGGAACGCUCACGGCUAUCGCCCUCCACCAGCUGUGGGUGGAACGAUGUGAUGCCACGUUUCGAGGGCAGAAGUUCAGAGCGAGGAGGGUGCUCAGGAGGAUCGGGUGGGGAUACCGCGGAAUCCGCGCUGGUGUCGGACGGGGACGGGUGAAGGAUAAGCCGCGCGCAGCUGGUCCUGGUGACGGCGAGGAGGAGCAGGAGGGAGAGAGUGAGGGGAAGCAGCUUGCGAGCCGAGUGAAGCCAGGCGUCGGCCAUUGA